CCAUUUAAAAAAUAAAAAACACCCCCCACAAACAUUUCUCACAAACAAUCCCACCUUCAACCUCUUUCGUUUCUCUCUCCUCCAUUCUCUCCCCCACCACCUACUCCGCCGUCGCCACCCCUUCCACCACCACCAUUUUAACCAUUUCUAAAAAAGUUUGAUCAAAUUCUUGUUUCCUUCGUAAAAAUAUGUAAAACAAAAUAAAGAUGUUAGAAGGAAUGAUGAGAUUUUAUCAUGACCCCACAAAAAUGCAUUAAAACAAAAACAUGCAAUAUUUCGUAGCAAAUCAUAACUCCAAAAAAAGAGGUGCGGAAAAAUUAGCCCCUUCCUACCAUUUGAAGGAGGGGCUUCAAAUUUUAUUUCUUGAUUCUAUAUAAUUUAGUUAGUGUGGCUAGAUAACAUAGUUAGAAUUAUAUAUUAUAUACGAGUAUAGUUCCUCCGUUGUUUAUUAAUCGCGGAGAAAAUUGCAUAUAAUUACAUUUGAUAAUUGUAUGGGAUGGCGGAGAUAGUAAAGCAGAUCCUAACAAGGCCGGUGCAAUUAGCUGACCAGAUAACAAAAGGAGCAGAUGAUGCUAUACAAUUCAAGCCAGAAUGUCUUGAGUUACAAGGUAAGACAAAAAAGUUGGCGGAACUCCUCCGGCAAGCGGCACGCGCUAGCAACGAUCUCUACGAGAGGCCCACGCGCCGCAUCAUUGACGAGACCGAGCAGAACCUUGAGAAGGCUCUCGGUCUUGUCGAUAAGUGUAGAACACGAUCCCUUCUGAAGCGUGUGUUUACCAUCAUCCCAAGCACGGCCUUUCGGAAGAUGAUCGCUCAGCUUGAUAACUCCAUUGGUGAUGUUUCAUGGCUUUUACGUGUUUCCGCCCCUAAGACUGGGGAUGAUGAUAUAGGCUACCUUGGUCUGCCACCCAUUGCCUCCAAUGAGCCUAUUCUUUGUUUGAUUUGGGAGCAGAUUGGUAAUCUUUCAACUGGUUCAUUAGACGACCGAUCCGAUGCUGCGACGUCGUUAGUGUCUUUGGCUAGGGAUAAUGAACGGUACGGAAAGUUGAUAAUCGAGGAAGGCGGGGUUGUGCCGCUAUUGAAGCUGGCUAAGGAAGGGAAGUCGGAAGGUCAAGAGAAUGCGGCUCGUUGUAUUGGACUCUUAGGAAGGGAUCAAGAGAGCGUUGAACAGAUUGUUCAUGCUGGGGUUUGUUCUGUUUUUGCUAAGAUGCUUAAGGAUGGACAGAUGAAAGUCCAAGCGUUGGUGGCUUGGGCGGUGUCUGAGUUGGCGGCGCAUUAUCCCAAAUGUCAGGAUCAUUUCGCACAGAAUAAUGUCAUCAGGUUACUUGUAAGUCAUCUGGCUUUCGAGACGAUUGAAGAGCAUAGCAGGUAUGCAAUUACUAAACGGAAGAAGAUGUCCAUACAUGCUGUCAUUCUUGACAGUAAAGGACAAUCACCGAGAAGUGGUGGUAGUAGCGGCGGGGUACAGCAUGAUCACGAGGAUGAGAAACACGUGGCAUUGCAAAUGAAGCCGGUAGGGGGAUUGCAAGCAGAAACACAGAUGGCGAAUGUGGUGUCUGAUACAAUGGAAAGGCGGACUUCUGACAAUAAAUUGAAUACAGCAGUUUGUGGUACUAGUAAAAAUGUUAAAACUCUGAGUCUGAAUCAGGGUCAGAAUCAGCAGCAGCAGCAGCAGCAGCAGGCACAGCAUGUGUUGGCGGGGAGCAGUAUAAAAGGGAGAGAGUUUGAACACCCUGACAUUAAGGCCGAGAUGAAAGCCAUGGCAGCACGAGCCCUUUGGUUUUUAGCCAAAGGGAAUGUGUCUAUAUGCCGUAGCAUCACAGAGUCAAGAGCCUUGCUGUGUUUCGCAGUGUUGCUAGAGAAGGGUCAAGAAGAGGUCAAGUACAAUUCAGCAAUGGCAUUGAUGGAAAUAACAAGUGUAGCAGAAGAUAACACUGAUUUAAGGCGGACUGCAUUUAAGCCUACUUCCCCUGCAGCCAAGGCAGUGGUAGAUCAACUCCUUAAAGUGGUGACAGAUGCAAACUCAGAACUGUUAGUUCCCUGCAUCAAGUCCUUAGGGAACUUAGCAAGGACAUAUAGAGCCACAGAGACUAGGAUCAUAGACCCACUAGUGAAGCUCAUCGAUGAGAAAGAGACAGAGGUGAUGCUAGAGGCAGUCAUCGCCCUACUCAAGUUCGCUUGCUCAGACAACUACCUCCAUGUAGUACACUGUAAAUCGAUCAUACAAGGAAGUGGUGUAAAGCAUUUGAUACAGCUUGUUUACUUUGGUGAACAGAUUGUUCAAGUUCCUUCACUCAUACUGUUGUGUUAUAUCGCGCUUCAUGUGCCUGAUAGUGAGGUGCUGGCGCAAGAGGAAGUGCUCAUAGUCCUAGAAUGGGCCACUAAACAAGGGCAUAUGAUGCAAGAUCCUCAGGUUGAUGAUCUUCUACCAGAGGCUAAGAGUAGGCUUGAACUUUACCAAUCAAGAGGAUCCAGAUUCUAGACGGACUCACUCUUGUUUCUUAACCCAUUAAACUUUCUUCAACUCUGAAAACCUGUCUAGAAAUAUAAUAUGGACAACUUGUUAUUUCUAAACUGGUUUUCGGAUUUUGGCCCCCUUUUUAUUUUUUAUUUUUAAUCUUUUUCAUGCUGCAGGAGUGUAUAUACACAAAAGGAUAGCUAUAAUUAAGCUUUGUAAUCAUUUUGGUAGAUGCAUUACUAAAUCAGUUAAUCUUUAAUUCA